AUGUCCUCCAUUCCCUCAAACACUAAAUCUCUCACUCCACAAGAUCGCCAACAUCUCACCACAUGGGAAAAUCAUCACGACGAUGGCUCGGAGUUGAUUGGACUCGAUGGAGGAUUUACCUACAUUUCCAUCGUCGAAAGACUUCCCAAAAUAUUACAAAGUAUGAUGGAUUCAAAUCGUGAGGAUGAGAAUUUAUUAAAAUCGGAACAAGGUUUGAAAAUGAUUGAAAAAUUGAACGAGUUGAAACACGAGUUGGAGAAGGGAGAUGUUUGUACCAAAUUUAGAAUUGGAACAUGUUCUUCAUCAUUGCUUUUAUAUGAUGAAGAAAAUUGUAGAGAUUUGAAGGAAUGGAAGGAAUAUGAAGAGAAAUUUGGAGUUUCCGUAAAGACUUGGCUUGAGAUGUCCUGGUUUUUUGUUGAAAAUUACUUUUACAGAUUAAUUUUAGACAUUACCGAUUAUUGGAAAAAGGGGUCACCAUUCUAUCAAUGGGAUCCUUUUGCAAGACAAAAGCAAAAAUCUCUAGAUAUUGUAUUUGCCAAAAACAAGGAGACUCAACAAAGUGUUGCUGAUCAAUUUUCACAAUUAUUGAAUGAAUUACCAAGUCAUGAUGACUUGACAAAACAAAUGGAUCUCAUGCGAGAAGUCAUUGUUCUCAGUCUAUGGGGAAAUCAAGCUGAUUUGAGUUUGAGCACUGGACUCCACUGCAGUGAAGAGAGUUUUAAAAAAGUUUUGGAAGAAAAUAUAAUUUCUAAUGACUUGUCUCAAGUGAUGAAGGUUUUACAUCGAUUGAAAACAAAUGGAAAACAAAGUAUUGCCAUUAUUUUAGAUAAUUGUGGUUUGGAAUUAGUGAGUGACUUGUAUUUGGCUGAUACUCUGAUUCGAUUAGGAUUUUGCGAAAGUGUGACCUUCUUUUCUAAAUAUCAACCUGUGUUUGUGAGUGACGUGACAGAAAGAGAUUUUCGAAUGACGAUUCAACAAUUGCAAGAGAAAGAUUCUUUGGUUCAAGUUUUUGGAGAUCGAUUUUCCAAAUAUUUAAACGAAACAAAGCAAUGGAAAUUAAUGUCUCAUCCCUUCUUCACAUCACCUCUUCAAUACACUCACAUUCCUGAAGACUUGGCAUUGGAAUUGAAACAACACGAUUUUAUUUUCAUGAAAGGAGAUGCCAAUUAUAGAAGAACUCUCAAUGAUGCCAAAUUGCCACUUCAGCAAGAUUUCAAUGAAACGUUACAAUAUUUUCCAUACAAGAAUGGAUUGUGUUGUUUGAGAACGAUUAAAUCGUACUCGUUGAUUGGAAUUAAAGAUUUUGAGAAACUUGCAACAAUAUCAGAACAACAUUCGAAUUGGAGGUACAGUGGCGAUUUUGGUGUGGUACAAGUGUCACUCAGAGAGCAACAAUAA